AUGUUCUUUGUUUGGCCGCGGGCCUCUGCAGCGAAGGCAGCGACGAGGGCCGGUGUGCUGCUAGCACUCGCGCACAGGUUUGUUGGUCCGGCUUUCUUGGCGACUGCGAGGAUUUGGAUGACCUUCCACCUGAGCUUGCGAAACAGGGAAAACAAGGACGGUGCCGCCGGACUGGUUGCACUUCAGGACCUGUUGAUGGCUCGAGCCCCAGCAAAGCGUCCUCCGAGCAAUCGGUGGAGAUACGAUGCUCUCAUGAAGGCUGACAUCUCCGAUGCCUCUGCUCAGCGACAGAAGCUAGUGGUAUUUCGCGAGCAGUGGAAGGCGAAGGUGCUAGCCAAACCGGAGGAUGCAGCGGCCUUUGCACGGCUUGGUGAGGUCUGUGCACAAUUGGAUGAGGUGGAUGGCCUCUUUCGGUUCGGACAGCAGCUGUCGGCGCAGCAUGCGGAAGCUUGGCGUCCGGCAGCGGCGACCUUGAAGGUCCUCGCCCCGGACCGAGCGGAGGACCUCCUCUUAGGCGUGCUCCACCUCCCGAAUUUGGACAGCCGGGGUCGCGCAGAGGCAUGCAGCCAAUUAGGCCAGCUGCGGCCGCAGGAAGCAGAGAAGUGGUAUCGACAGGCGCUGGCAUGGGACCCCGACAGCUCUGCCGCGGUGCGACUGGCUGAGACCCUGGGCGAGUCCGGGCGCCUCGCCGAAGCAGCGGAGAUGUUUCAAGUGGCAGGCAUGAAGCACGAGCUCAAGCCUCACCAUCUUUUUCAGUACGGCGAGGCGCUGGUCCUAUCCGAGCAGUUUGACUCCGGCCGCGCGCUGCUUCGCAAGGCGGCUGAGGCUGAUCUGUCUCUGGCUGCCAUGGCGCAUGCAUGCAUGGCUUUGAGCUAUCUUCUGCAGCAGCAGAUCAGCCUGGCCACGGACUGCUGCCAUCAGGCCUUGCAGAGACCAACUGCAGCAAACACGGAGGCCUUGCACCUGGCACGUUUCUUGAAGAGCUUCUGCCACCUCCGCAACUUUGAUGUCGAGGCGGCUUUGGAAGCCGUUUCAGAAACGCUGCAAACGUGCGGUGGAGAAAAUCCACUGCGGGAGAGCAUGGAAGCUUUCAAGGUCCGUCUGCAGGCGAUGCAGCCCAAGCCUGGACAAGCAGAUGUCAUCCAAAUGGCUGACAACUUCGACACGCAAACCACUGCAGCUUUCUUGCAUCUCACACUUGGCCAGUGGGACGACGCCGAAGAAGUGCUACAAAAUGUUUUGCAAGGCGACGGUUGCUGCCCGGAGGCCCUGCUGAUGCAAGCGCAGCUUCUACUGAGGCAGAACAAGUUUGGCUGCGCCAUUGAAUACCUGCAGAAAUGCUUGCGGCAGUCCUUCACUCUUCUCUACAGCAGGAGGGAGCAGGUGCUGGUCCAUUUACUGUCAUGCCUUUGCUAUCAUCGCCGUGCAUCAGGUGGAGAUGCGUCUAUCUCCAGUGUGGACAGGAGCGAAGUCCGUGAAAACUCACCACGACUGAGCGAGGGCAGCCCUGUCGCAGGUCAGUGGCGCGCAAGCCUGAUGCGCUUCCUCACGGGAUGCACCGAUGACGCAGCAGACUCAGGUUAUGCAGCGAGCAACGCUGCGAGAGAAGGUCAAGAAGCUGGACCGCCACCAGGAAAGAAUGAUCUCAACACUGCCUCAAUGCAUUUCGCAUCGGCCAUUGAAGUGGAGCCGCAAGUCAAAGAUACUAUAGCGGCAUGCACAGAUGCAGUCAACCUCACGCUUCUGCUUCGCAAGCGAAGUCUUGCCAUCGAACUGGAUGCUGAAGAAUCCGGUAUUCUCUUUCAGCACGCUCUGAAUUCACCUGCAAGUUCUGAACGAGGCGACCUAUUUGCCCCGCCAAAGAUGCCAGCGCUCGUGGGUACUGCCUCUACGGCCAUGCCGGCCAGCGACAACCCUUCUCGCCAGAACUCUGAGACUCAACUUACAGUCGUUAACGACAGCAACACUCCACCCACGAUGGAAAGCAUUUCGCGGACUCUCUCGCAAGACCGGCUUCUGAAUUUCGCAGAGCUAGAGUUUGGCGAGCUUUUGAGCAGAGGCGAGAUCACGAUUGUGCAGAAAGCUGUGUACCGCGGUUUGCCCGUGGUAGUGAAAGCACUCCACUACGAAGGUUCUGCAUCCAGCUGUGAGGCUGUGGAGGAUAUGCUGGCUGAGAUUAAGAUUCUCACAAAGCUCAACCACCCACGACUGGUGCCACUGGUUGGGGCAUGUUUGGAAGCUACACAGCUUGCUUUGGUGACUCGGUUAGCCCCGGGUGGAAAUCUGCACCAUGCACUGCACGUGCGAAGGCACAGUUUCAGCAGGGAGGUUUGCUUUCAACUCGCGAUGGACUGUUUGGAGGGCGUGCGCUAUCUGCACUCCCUGCAACCACCCGUGCUGCACCUGGAUUUGAAGUCAAUGAACCUGGUGCUGGACGUGGAUAUGCAGCAUCUUCAAAUUUGCGACUUCGGCCUUUCACGCUUGGCGGGUGCAGUACGCCGUGGGCUGGGCCGAGGCGGCUCCCCAAGGUACAUGGCGCCAGAAUGCUUUGACGAGCAGCUGGGCGCGCAAACUGAGAAAACCGACGUUUGGUCUUCAGCCUGCAUUCUGCUGGAGAUCUUCGGCCAAUGUCAGCCCUACGCGGAAUGCAGUAAUGUUCAGCAGAUCCUGAACAUGCUGCUUGUGCAGCAGCUGCCUCCACCGCUGCCCGACAAUAUGGAGGCUCGCAUCAAGUCUGUGAUUGCCUACGCGCUGCAGUACGAGGCCUCCCAAGGGACGGAUCGGAUCGCAGUCUGCCGCAAUUGCAAGCACAAGGCGUCCAGAAUUCGCCUUACAGUGUAA